AAGCUAGAAGAUGAGGAAAACGAAGUAAUAUCCCACCACGUGUAUCUAAUGCUGUUGGAAAAAUUAUUGAACAAAAAAAAAAAGCCAAACGAAAAAACAAAAGUGAGGAAGGUGGAUUAUGAGGAAGAUGAGGAGGAAGAGAAAUAUGAUAUUCGUCGUGCUUCUAUUCUCAAUUUUUAA